GGCACUCCGAGCCCGCGGCCCCGGGCAGCAGGAGCCGGCCCUGAGGGCUCGGCCGGGACCGCUGCCCCCGGAUGAUGUCCUACCUCCAGCCCCCUGGCCGCCCCCUGGAGCGCUUCGAUGGGCUUUCCCUCAUUUACUGGACACUCAUGGGACCGUAUGGGAUGGACCGAACCGUGCACUGCUUCGACUUCUACGACUGUGCAAACGGGCUGGGUAUCAAGGUCAUCGGUGGCAUCAAGGAACUCACUGGAGAAGAAUACGGAGUUUAUGUCAAGCGGAUCCUUCCAGGGGGUGUUGCUUAUGCAGACGGGCGCCUGCAGCCAGGAGACCUGAUCCUGGAGGUCAAUGGAGAUUCCCUAAUUGGGGUUACAAGUGAGAGGGCCGUGGACAUCCUGAGGACGGCGUCAGCCACCAGCCACAUGCGCCUUCUCAUAGCCCGCGACGACGACGCCAGGAGGGAGUUCUCUGAGCUGCUGGAGAAGUUCGGCUCCCAGAGCAACACGGGCUCGGCGCGGAGCUCGCCGGUCCUGCACGGCGGCAGUCGAUACCUGGAGAGCACAUCCUCGGGCUCCUCCUCGCGCUCCCAGAGCCCGCUGCUGCUGAGCCCCGCCAACUCCCACGGGCCCUGCAUCGGCACCGCGGCGCACGCCCCUCACGCACACUGCUCCAUUGACUCAGGAAUCCAGAGCAUUUCUGUAGCAAACUCCUCGGGCCUAGGGCUGACCAUCAGUGGUGGAUCUAACAGGCCUGAUGGGCCCAUGGUUUAUGUCCAGGAGCUUUUGCCAGAUGGGGACUGUUACAAGGAUGGUCGGCUCCGACCCGGUGACCAACUAAUCGCCAUCAACAGAGACUCUUUGGUGGGCAGCACACAUGAAGAGGCCAGAAAAAUAAUUGAAAAAGCCAAAUUCAGACACGAGGGAAGCACAGAAGUGGCCUUUAUUCCUGGAAGGGGACGGUUACACCCUGGACUGUCAGUGCACAACAACAUCCCAUCACCACCUCUGAAGGCUGUGGGAAAUGGCCUGAGCUCCUGCAGGCUCAAGGUCCACGUGAGGUCCCCAGAGAAUAGACGUGAAAAUCCUUUUCCUGUGCCUUCUUUGUCACCGGACAUUUGCCCUCCAGAGCUUACGGUCUCAGCACCUGCUUCAGCAUCCAAUCACAAAGCAGCUUCAGGCACCAAACCAAAAGUAGCACUGGAUCCCCACAUCCGGCUCAAGGAUGGGAAACUGGAACUGGUUCUGAGGUAUCUUGGUCUGGAUGUGACCGAGGAGAAGAAGAGGCAGUUGCGGCAGAGCCUGACCACGGACUCGCAGGGGACGGUGGCCUAUGGAGAUGUUCUCCAAGCACUCAGGGAUCUGAUGCAGGAGGAGCUGGAAGAGGCUGGUCUGGAUUCCAGCUCCAUGCUCUUCACACAGCACGAAGUGGCCAAUUUGCUGGAUACAUCGGCUUUUCACUCCCCGGCCUUUGACUCUCUCAACUGCAACGGCAGCGAGGACCUGGAGCAGCUGCAGCUGGAGAUGACGGAUCUACGGCACGAAGUCCGAAGGCUAAAGUCUCUCCUGAAAGAGGUGGAGAACAGCAAGAAGUCAAUGGAGGAUGAGCUUCAGAGGCUGAACCAGAAAGCCCUGGGGUUCCUCUCCGAGAACCGGACGCUGCACAACAAGCUGCAGAUGGCCGAGGUGGUGCAGAGACAGGCCCACAGCGCCGAGCAGGACUACGAGGAAGUGAUCCACUUGCUGGAGGCUGAAAUUGCAGAACUGAAGAUGCAGCUGGCGGGGAAGAAAGCAAAACACGUCUCUGAAAUAGAGGAGGACGUCCUGGAGCUGAAGAGGCAGCUGUCCCUGGCUGAUGGCCAGUUACGGAAAUCAGAAGUCUCACGGAAGCGCCUGGAGAUCUGCAACAGGAAACUGCUCCUGUUUGUGCAGAAUGUUCACAAGGUCCUGAGCACACCCAGUCAUUUACCAGAUGAGAAAAGCGUCGACAACGCAGCAGAAGAGGAUAAAACAGAUGCAGUCUCAGACACAUCUCUUCCAUCUUCAGAUCUUGUUGACCUCUUGCUAUCAGAAGCUAAAGAACUGUUAGCACCAAUCCUCUCCAGCAAGGAUGCUCUGCCAUGGGACAGGGACCAGUGCCUGCCUGCUGAAGGAAUCCCAAAUUACAAGGACCAUCUCCAUCAGAAGACCACGUGGCCCCCCCCUGCCAGCCAGAGCAAGAGUGACCAACCACAGCCACCGAGUCCAACGGAGCUGCCCAAGAAGCCGACAUAAAUGUCCCGUGGCUUGGCCGUGCUCUGCACCACGACCGCCCACACCACCGGGGCUGCUGUGCUGGGAGAGGGGAAGGACACCCCAUGGGCACCUCUCCAGGCAAAGCAGACUGAGAACAAGCUUCCUGACACAAGACUGACUCUUCCUCACCCUCCCAGACUUUUUCAGCGACCUCCCCUGCGCGUCUACCUCCGAGUUACCACACAAGGCUACUUGCUCACGGUUCUGCAGCUUUAUAGGAAAAGUAUUCUCAAGAGGCUCCAGGGGCCUGGAUUUCAGUGGCAGCCUUUUUAGAGCUUGUAUUCUGGGUAGUAAGAGGAGCGUGAACUCCCCUGAGGGACUCAGGGGUCUCCAACAGACUCCUUUUGGUAUUUCAGAUGGAAAACCAAAGUCUAUUUUAGCGACUGUAAUCAAAGCAGCUUAGUCUGUAGCAUCCUAGCUGUCUUGGGAUAGGUACUGCUCUUUUUAUUCUUUUUGUAUAGCUUAUCCCAGCUGCAAUGCUUGAAGUGGAAAGCAGCAUCCCAGCAGCCAGUUUGUUGGACCAAGAGUGCAGAGAUAUCCAGGGGACACUCCUGUGACAACGGACACCUCUUCCCGGGAUGUGAGAGGGGACAUAGUGGACAUAGUGGACAUAGCUCAGUAAAGGUCCGUGGUGUCACUGGGAAAUGAGAUACACCCAGUGCAAGACUGUACUGUGAGAGGGCAACGAAUGGGGCACAGAGCUGAGAUGAGCAGAAGGUCUGGAAAAUAAAAUGGAAACGCUUCUCACGAGCGUUUGCUCUCUGGGCUGUGAUUGCAGGGGUUGUGCUCAGCAUCCCUGAGACAAAGGCACAGCCUGAGUCCAUUUUCCCUGCCCCUGAUUUGGGCAGCUCCCAGUGAGAUGCACUGAGAAGCUGCAGGGAAAUGGGGUGCAAUCUGGCUUUUACAAAUAAUUUGUUAAGAUUACUUCAAAUCUCCUUUGUGGGGGUUCAAAGCAUGUGGAUCCUUUAUAGCCCAAAUUAAAGGCUUAGGAAAAAUCGUGACCCUCACCAGCAUCUACUGCACUUGGGGAUAUCACUACACUGCUAAACCAGUAAGUGUGUGAUGGAAUAUAUCAUAUAAAUUACCACUCUGAAAUGUUGGUUAAACAUAAUUUCAUAGCUUGAAGCAAAUAACUUUUGUGAGUCCAUGCCUUCAAAUAUAAUUUAAAGGACUUCCUUCAAAAGGAAACAUAAUUCUUUGGACCACUCACAAGGAAUAUUCCCAGGGAGAAGAUACUUUCAAAAGAUAUUCAUCUUGGGAUAGCUUAUGGUUAAUAACUCAUUUCCCAGUGCUCUCUGCUUCGAUGGAAUGAUAGUAAAUACUGGUGUUACCUGUGGGUUUGGCCCUAUGGCUUUGUUCUCAGCCCCUGUGUUAUACAGACAGGGAAGAGGUGCACAGAGCAAAAUCUAGUCCCACCAGUUUGGUGUCCCCUGACUCUGGAAAAACACCUCCAGUUCCCCUGGGGAGGAUCCCAGGGUGCUCCUGGCAGUGUCUUCAGAAGCUUUUGGCCCGGAGCUGCAUCCUGGGAGAUGUCUGUGGCCACUGCUCGCCCUUGGCAGGCAACAGCACCAACAAGAUUUUGGGAAGUGGCAGGUUUUGGGCUGUGCUGUGUCAUUCCAUCCACCCAAUGGCACUUGAGACCCUUGGUAGAAAAGGGAGGAGUCAUGAGGGAAACAGAACUGUUUAGGCUGAACUUAAAUCUUGUGGGAAUCAACAGAAGUUUUAAUUCCAACUGUGAGAAUCACGGAAUUUUCUCAAAAUACAAGUGUUGAACUCCACCACCCUGAGUGCUGGAGAGGCACAGCCCAGUCCUGUCCCAGCAGGGACCAGUUACAUGGUCUAAAAGAGAAUAUCCUUGAUGCUGCUUCCAUGGUCAAGUGAUCUGCAUUUGGAUGUCCCUUUGUAUCAAAGCAUCCCGGUGGGUGAGGGCCUGGAUGAGACAAGCACCCUGCAGUUGGUGCUGGCACCUGGUAAGGGGUGGAAACAACAGGGUGCUGCCCCAGGGCCGCUGGCUUUGGGGUCUCCUGAGCUGUCUGUCAGCAGAGGAGUUGGCAAGAAACGAACCUUUUAAAAAGCCCUGACAGUUCUGUGCUCUCUGGAAAAGAAAUCCUCCAUGUUCCCAUCAGCCACUGGAGACCCUCGUGUGGAGCAAGGAUCAAGCACACUGUGUGCUUUCCAAAGCUCUCAUAUUUCUUUUCUGGUUUCCAACAUUUUCUUUGAAUUUAUCACGUUCCUUUUGCCUUUGCUUCGAGCACAGAAAACUUUCUGCUCUCUAUUAAUAGCGUCGUUACCAACCACUCCCUUCUCAGGGCAACGCUCAGAGCUAAGCUCUGCUGAGCUCCUGGAGGUGCUGCUGAUUCCAGUGACCCAGAAUAACAAACCUGUGUCAUGCUUUACUCCCAGGCAAGUGGGAUUAGGCAGAACUCAAGACUGACGUCUCCUCACGGAGCGACCGAGAGGCAAAAAGGGGAAGCGCUGAAGGAACAAAGAGCACUCGAGGAGAAGUCACGGAGAACGUCACUGAACAGGAUGGGUUUUAUUUACACAGGGCCUGUCUGGCACUGCAAGGCAGCUGAAUUCUGAAUUCAUUUGCAAUGUUUUAGCUUGCUUGUAAGGCUGGGGAGAUGUGCUGCUGUGGCAGUGUGCUGUGGUUGUCUCGGAGUAUCUGUCUCUGAGGGUCCCAGCGUGACUGCACAGAAAUGAGGAGUGUUUGUGAUAAAAAUGAGUCCUGCACGGUGUCAGAUCAUCCUGAGUGGCUCCCAGUGCCUGAAGGGAGCCUACAAGAAAGAUGCAGAGGGAUUUUUCACAAGAAUAUGUAGUGAUAGGACA